UCUCACUUCCUCCUUUCUAUGCGCUUGAAAAACAAGAAGUAGAAGUAAACAUUUGCAUGGGGUGUUCAGGGUUGGUGUGCCUUAGUCUACAGACUCCCCAGUAAUUAAUGACACAUAAGCAGACAGCCUUUGGCGAUGUCGACUUGGAAUUUUUCUCUCAUACAAGCUAGAGAACUUUUAUUUAAUAGUUGACUUUCUAUUGUAGUUGAAUAGUUUAAUGGAGUCUUGAAAUGGACUGCUCCCUUUUUCCCCUGAGAUAUGCCCAUCCCUGGCUUCGGUCUUUUUGAACAUGGAUAUCCUCAUCCUUUUCUCCUUCCUCUUUCCUCUUGUAUACGCAGCAGAACGUUGUUCCCUGACCAAUUGCGGCAAUAAUGAAAUUCUUAUCCGAUUUCCUUUCCGACUAGAAAGCAAGCAGCCUGAAUACUGUGGAUAUCCUGGUUUCAACCUUGGAUGCAAGAGUCAGAGUACGAUUGUUCUAAAACUUCCUUAUUCUGGAGAAUUUUUCGUUCGCGACAUCAAUUAUCUCAACCAACAGAUAUAUCUUUAUGACCCUGAUAACUGCCUUCCCAAGCGACUUCUCAGCUUCAAUCUUUCAGGUUCUCCCUUCGUUGCUCCUUUUCAUCAGAACUACACCUUCCUCAACUGCCCAACUCAAGUCACAAAGUCUCGCUUCACCACCAUUGAUUGCCUAAGCAAUUCAACGAACUCCGUCUUGGCUACUUCUUCCAUAAGUCUGGCGAAUUCGAUGGCUGAAUCAUGCCAGAUAAUCACUACAUUGCGGAUUCCUGUUUCAUGGCCAGCUCAGUAUGAUGAAGCAUUGUCAUCUGAGCUUGAUGAAGACAUUGAGCUAACAUGGCAUGCACCUCAAUGCGGAGAUUGUGAGUCAGAAGGCGGCAUCUGCGGCUUCAAGAGCAUCGGUAGUGAAGAAGUUGACUGUUUCCAUCUCCCUAAAUCAGGCAGAUCGGGAAAUGGUCUUCAAGUUUUCAGGAUUAUCUGCUUGUCAAUUGCUGUACCAGUACUCUCAUGCGCAAUAGGAAUCGCCGUCUUUGCGUGCUGCCUCGACAGUCGCCGUCGCAACAGGGCCAAUUCCACACAGCAGAACACCGGACAUUCUGCGGUGACACCACAACCCACGCUCGUCGUGACAGGGCUGGACCAGUCCACAAUCGAAUCCUAUCAAAAGUUGGUGCUAGGUGAGAGCCGGAGACUCCCUGGCCCAAAUGACAGCACUUGCCCCAUUUGCUUGUCUGAAUACCUUAGCGAAGAUACAAUCAGGUGCAUACCAGAAUGCAAUCACUGCUUCCAUGCAGAGUGCAUAGAUGAGUGGCUUCGAAUGAACAGUACAUGCCCGGUGUGCCGAUACUCUCCAUUCCCAGUACAUGCUGGUUCACAUACUGACACUGUUUGAUAUAUUACAAUUUUUUUUCUCACUUCUUGUAUGGGAUUACAAUAGGCAUACCUCUUAUUCUUUAUCCCUUCAAGAGAGUCAAAGAAGCCUGCAAUCUGCAAAUUUUUUCCC